GGCUUCUUAGGUUUCGAUUGGGAUUUUUUCUUAAGUAUAUGGGAUUUUGGAUUUUGUGAUUUUGUGCCAGUUGUGGCCGUGUGAGUUGGUCCCUUGAGGUUUUGACAGCUUAAUCUUGACGUUUUGAGAGCUUAAUCUGGGACUCCUGAGGAUGGAAAAACAACAGAGGAAAAAUUGGUGGAGACCAUAGGAAAAAUCAACGAAAACAAAGGAAAGACUUCAAAUUGAAAGGUAAUGCCACCAAGCCAUGGCCAGCCUUUGCUAGACUCAUUGCUAUGCGCGCCGCAUCUGUAUCUGGGACCAGUCUUCCGAUUGCUAAGCUUAAUUUGGUAAGUGCUUUUCUCCGAUUGCUAGCGAUUAGAGGCUGAGACCAAGUCAUGAUCCAAUAGAGGGGCAAGCCAACCGGUUGGGAGUGUCGAGGGGGAGGGCUUCAAGAUGAGCCAACCUUCAGUGAUUCUUGCGACAGCUGGAUAUGACCAUACCAUCAGGUUCUGGGAGGCCAAGAGCGGUCGGUGCUAUCGCACCAUUCAGUACCCAGAUUCCCAAGUCAACAGGAUGGAGAUAACACCCGAUAAGCGAUUCCUAGCUGCAGCUGGAAAUCCUCACAUCCGCCUUUUUGAUGUUAACUCCAAUAGCCCGCAGCCUGUUAUAAGCUAUGAUUCUCAUACUAAUAAUGUGAUGGCGGUGGGAUUUCAAUGCGAUGGGAAUUGGAUGUAUUCAGGUUCUGAAGAUGGUACAGUAAAAAUAUGGGAUUUAAGGACUGCAAUUUGUCAACGUGAAUAUGAAAGUCGUGCAGCUGUUAACACAGUGGUUCUACAUCCAAACCAGAGAGAAUUAAUAUCUGGUGAUCAAAAUGGAAAUAUACGGGUAUGGGAUCUAACUGCAAAUUCAUGCAGCUGUGAGUUGGUACCAGAGGUUGAUACAGCUGUGAGGUCUCUAACAGUCAUGUGGGACGGUAGCAUGGUUGUUGCUGCAAAUAACCAUGGAACAUGUUACGUUUGGCGCUUGCUCAAAGGAACACAGACAAUGACAUACUUUGAACCACUGCAUAAGCUACAAGCACACGAGGGCUACAUCUUAAAAUGCUUACUUUCACCAGAAUUCUGUGAUCCUCAGAGGUAUCUUGCCACUGCAUCAUCUGACCAUACUGUUAAGAUAUGGAAUGUCGACGGUUUCACCUUGGAGCGUACUUUAACAGGACACCAGCGCUGGGUCUGGGAUUGUGUAUUCUCUGUGGAUGGUGCUUAUCUGAUAACAGCUUCUUCUGAUACUACUGCAAGACUGUGGUCAAUGUCCACAGGGGAAGCCAUUAGAGUGUAUCAAGGGCACCACAAAGCAGCUGUCUGCUGUGCGUUGCAUGACGGUGCUGAAUCACCACCAUCAUGAUGCUAAUCUGUGUACAGAUGUCAUUCAUGUGUAAUAACAUUUGAUAGUUAUAUCCUGUUGACUGUUUUUGGUCUUAUUUUUUUUCAGUGUCGUGAUGUUUCGAUUCUCAGUCUUAAGUUUGUUAUACUUUGCAUCUUUACGGGUGUAUAGUUCAUGCUUGACAGUUUUCUGUGUUCUCAUGCUUCAUAUUUGAUCAUGCAGACAGGUCAUGUGAUUUAAUCCA